UCUGCAACAACCUCCCCUACGUGGUGAUGCUCAGCGCCGCCCGCGACAUCCUGGAGCCCCACCAGGGGGCGCAGGUGCCGCCGCCCCACAGAAACAGUUCCCGCUACGACUGCAACCCCGUCUCCACUGGGGCGGUGCUGUUGGCCGACAUCCUCCCCACGCUGCUCAUCAAGUUGGUGGCUCCUUUCGUCAUCCACCUCCUGCCCUACAACGUCCGCGGUGGUCGUCGCCGCUCUCUGCGCGUGGGGCAGCUUCGCUCUGGUGGCGUCGGCCGCCGGCGUGGCCGUCAGCUUGGGGGGUUGCGUGUGGUGUUGGCCAGUGCCGCUUCGGGGCUGGGGGAGGUCACCUUCCUGGCGCUCGCCUCCGCGUACCCCAGGGGGGGCGUCUCCUGUUGGUCCUCGGGGACGGGGGCCGCGGGGGUGGGGGGCGCGGUGGCCUAGGGGGGGCUGCUGCAGGCCGGCCUGCCCCUCCCCCACGCCCUGCUGCCCGCCCUCGCCCUGCCCCCGCUCACCCUCCUCAGAGCUCACGGAGCGCCCCCCCCCGCCGUGGGGCUGACGUUGGGGGAGAAAUGGAGUGUGACGAAGGCCGUCCUGCCCCACGCUGCCCCAUUGGCCCUCGUCUACUUCGCCGAGUACUUCAUCAACCAGGGGCUGCUGGAGCUCCUCUACUUCCCUGACUCCGCCCUGACCCACAGCGAGCAAUACCGCUGGUACCAGCUGCUUUACCAGGUCGGCGUCUUCGUCGCCCGCUCCUCCCCCCGCUGCCUCCGCCUGCGAACGUGGGGCUCCCUCGCCCUCCUGCAGGUCCUGAACGCCCUCAUCCUAUUGGCCGCCGUGGCCACGCCCUUCCUGCCGGGAUUGGCCGUCGCCUUCGCCAUGGUGGGGGGGGAGGGGCUGGUGGGCGGGGCCGCCUAUGCCAACGCUUUCCUCAACGUGGCGGAGGAGCGGUGUGAGCCCCUGGGACCCCCAGCUCUGCCCCACGGCGCCAUGGGACUCCUGUGA